ACUCUCAUCACGGUCUUACUUUGUGGACGUGGUCUUAUAAAGUGUGAUAGCAGACUUGGUUAAAAAAUACGAAUAAAGGGUCAUGUUUAAGUGUAAACGCUAGGCAAAUGAUCUAUUAGGGUGGGUGAACAAGUUAUUUCUCGAAUCUAUGUGGUGUUUCCACCGACCCAUUCACCAAAAAGGAUAUAGCCGUGACGACAUGAAUCAGUCAUACAGACCUGCUGUUAGGGUAAGCUCAGUGUUUGGCUCAGGCCAGCCAGAGCGGAGGCCCCUCAAUGGUCUUGGGAGCACUUCCUAUGGAAACCAGUGUGGCAUUGUAAGGCAUGGAUCAGACCAACUGCCAGCUGUGCAACUGCCAUCCUCCAGCCUCAAACAACCAGCUGUACUGGCGUACAACCAGCCAGAUCGAUCUCACCGCUACAGCCCGCUGAAGAGGCUGCAGGACCUGAACGCUGUGGUCAACAGGCCUGACCUACACAGGGACCUCCAUCCCAGGAACAGCUUGCGCUGUGCGAGCCCAGUCAGUGACGAUGAUGAGUUUGAGGCGCCGUCGGUCCAGCUGCCUCCUUCUCCAGGCAAUGACGGCAUGGACUCCUUGGAGACUCUGCAUGAUGUGAACAGAAAUGGCUUCUCCCCUCAUAGUCCCGUCAGUUUGGAGCGCUGUUCUCCCAUCCCCAAUGGUUACCUGCAUUUUGAGUCCACGCUGUUUGACAGCAGUUACAUUAAGGAGCAGGUCGAGGAGAGGGAGCGGAGUGGUAGUGAGGACUUGGCCCGUUUUCGCCAUCCCCCAAAGUUGAGUCAGGACAGAACUGGUACUGACAGUAAGACCACAUGCAGCUCAGGGGCAGAUAAAAGAACAUUCAAACCUACUGUCUUUAAUCUGAUGUCCAAGACUAUAUCUGAACUCAAUCCUACACUAAGCCCCAGUGCACUUCCAGAAAUCACUCUGAGAGAUGAGUGGAGCUUGGGCGAGGAAUCAGACAGUGAUGCUGAACUUACCUCUCCUGUUGACCCUGGGCUUAUUUCUCCAGCCGGGACCAAUUCUAAUUCCAACAGCCCAAAGAAAAAGCCUCUUCCUACAGUCAAGUAUGUGGAAGGGGACUUGGUGUGGGCUAAAUUCAACAGACGGCCCUGGUGGCCCUGCCACGUCACCAGUGACCCAGAGCUGGGGACCCACACUAAGAUGAAAGUUCCCAGUCCCCGCCCUUGUCGGAUGUAUUUCCUGGAGACGAUUGGGGAGAUUAUAGAAAGUGCCUGGGUCCCUGGGAAUGCCGUUCUUCCGUUUGAAGGAGGUCAUCAGUUUGAGGAUCUACCUGUGCUCAGAAGGAGAGGGAAGCAGAAGGACAAAGACUACAAGUAUACGAUACCCAAAAGCUUACUGACUGCAUGGAAAGUCAGCGUAGCAGAAGCCGAGUAUCUGCUCCCAGAUCGACAAAGGAACACCGAAAGCGUGUUUUCGAUAUCUGACAAUGGAGAAGAGCGUGUGCCAAGCCCACUCUCAGCUGAAAAGACGCAGGUGGACCCCUCUGUCCCCGUGGACCCUGAGCAAUCCCUAUCACCCAGUACGGCCCCCAGUGGAAAUGAGCCCUGUCUCAUCACAAACUCUGCUGCAGUUCAAUCCAAUAAGAGCAAAGCUUGUAAGAAGAAAAAGAAAUGUUUGUCAGACAUAUUUGGCCAUAUAGUUGGCAGAUCCAAGGACUCAUCUACCAUCACAAAAGUGGCGGAUCAGUUCCCAGCUACAACUGUUGCACUGAAAGAAGAGCCAAAGGACUCACCUUAUGCAGACCUGGAUUCAGUUCCAAUGCUGCAUCGUCCAAAACGCACAGCAAUAUCUCCAACACAGGAUGUAGACAGACUGCUCAGAAACGAACAGGGUUCAAGUAAGACUAAAACAAAGCUUAGUGAAAAAGUGAGCCAUCCUACAGAUUCCUGUGAGUCUCCUAGCGUUUUAACAAAAAGAUUGACAUCUAAUGAUACAAACUCUGAGCGGAGUUUGGGCAGCUACAAUCAACUGUCGCACAGUUCAAAUGAUAAGCACUCUGUGAAUCUUCCUGCAAGCAGUCGUCUGAUGACAAGAGCCCUGAAAGCAGAGGAGGAGACAGAUAUCAAAGAUUUGCCACCCACAAGCCAAAUCUCAAAAGAUUUCCAUGCUGAUGAUUGUCUUGAUACACCUACUAAUGCAUCAGUAAAAUCUGAAACAUCUCCAAACUGGGAAUCACCCAGCAAUGCAUCAUCCUCUGCAAGUUACAGCUCUCCAAAAAGGCGGCCAAGGAAGCCUGAUAAGAAGCAGAUUUGUAAUGGCUCACUGGUAAAGCCCAAGUUUGCAGGCUGUAGCGUACCCACUGUGCAAUGUGUUGAGAUUAAGACAGAAAGUGUUGUCCCAGAUCUGUCAUUGUCUUCCCCAUCCUCAGCUCUGUCUCCAAUGGAUGCUUUUCAGGAUCCCAAGGAACUCAUGUUUAAAUCCCUCAUGAAGGAGGACAGCAGCGACUCUGAGUUAACGGUAUUCCGGCCUGAUUCCAAUUAUAAAUUCAGUACUUUCCUGAUGCUCCUGAAAGACAUGCAUGAUACAAGAGAAAAAGAGGGCAAACCUCUGACUCUCCCACCAUCACCGGUCCUGAUCAAGGAGGAACCUCUGGUUAUCCCUACUUCUACACGGAGAGGUGUAGGUUCCCGUGACGGUUUCUCUCGAAGGAUCAGAGCAGAGAGUGGGCAGUCAGGGAAAUCCACAACAUCCCAAACCAGAGCAGUGAAAGCCAAGAACAGGACUAAAGCUAUCAUGACAGCUGACACCUACCAUUGUGAAGACUUUCCUGUUCACUCUCAGAUUGGAAACUCAGACAAGCAGCGCCGAAAGCAAAGACUGCCUGCUAAGGUGAAACUCGGCAUACGUGGCCUUUCUUCGGAUCUGGCUGACUUGGCUUACGGCAGGGAGUUUGUCAGUGGCCACGCUGACUUGGCCGAUCCUGGGACUUGUCCUCCCGUUGCUGCUGAUUCCUCGGCCAGCUACCUCGACAAGCACUCAGGAUUGACGGUGGCUCCAAAGAAGCGCUGGCAGUUGGUUGAAGAGGUUGCUGAAAGUAAAGGUGAAGUUAUCAGUGAGGUGUCCACUGAGAUGAACGGGUCUUACACCAUGGCAGCAUCACCAGAUUUUAAUCUGGGAAUUGAGAAGCAGGCCGAGAAUGACUUGUUCUUCUCAGACACAAGCAGCACAGCUGGAAGUUCAGAGAACAAACGUCUCCGUAAACCAACUAAAAGGCUCCUGGAGUCAACUGAAGAGUAUGAACAAAUAUUUGUUCCAAAAAAGAAAUCAAAGAAACACACCUCAGAGUCUUCCAAAGUGCAGACAUCAGGGAUGACCACACUGCAUGAGCUCAGCACCACAGAAAUAAUUACCUCAGCCUCGACCUCAUCCUCGUCCUCUGUAGAGACGACUGAGGCUCCGUCAGCUCUGGAACAGAGUCCAUCUCAGGAUGAGUUUUCUCCUGUAGCACCCUCAGUAUCCCCAGUCACAACACAACCCUUACUUGACACAGAUGAAGCAGAAGAAUCUGAUUUACCUCUUAAAUCUGACCCAGGGUUAUUAGCCCAAGAAAGAAAAAGGCCAAGGAAGCUGUUGCACAGGGUGCUGGACUGUACCAUAGAAGAAGUGUCUGUUGCUCCUACAAAGAAGAAGGAGCUAAAGCGACACAGUGGCGUUACUUCAGAAAUGAGAGUGUUAGUCAGGAAAACUCAGGUUGGAUCUGUGAAGAAAGAGAAGUCUGUACCCAGUUCAUCCUCUGGCCCUGUUACCGCCUCCCAGCACUCAGAAAGCAAAGAUCGACUCGAAGGCCUCGCCCUAAACCGACCUCCUAGCCCUCAAGCAUCUGAGGCCCCCAACCAGGAGGCUGAGAUGGAGGCCUGCGACACUGAGAAGAAACAAAAUGUACACACUGGAACACUAACUCCCAAACCUGAGCUGCUGUCUGUUGGUGUGAAUGACAGCCUCUCUUCCCAAGUGGACAUAAAAGGGAAAACAGGAGCUACACCCCUGAAGGAGAAUGUCUGUCAGGUGUGUGAGAGGACGGGAGACUUGUUGGCCUGUGAUGGCCAGUGUUAUGGAGCCUUCCACCCGCAGUGUAUCGGCCUGUCAGCCGCUCCCAGGGGAAAAUUCCUCUGUCAAGAAUGCAAAACUGGUGUCCACACGUGCUUUGUGUGUAAGAAGUCCGGUAAUGGGGUAAAGCGCUGCAUGAUACCACUGUGUGGGAAGUUCUACCACUCAGACUGCAUCCUGGCCUACUCAGCCACCCAGCCGCAUAACAAAGGCCUUCGGUGCCCUCUGCAUGUGUGUCUGUCCUGCCACAUCACCAACCCUCUCAAUGUGUGCUCUAAAGGUCGGCUGGCUCGAUGCGUACGCUGCCCUGUGGCCUAUCACGCUAAUGACAACUGUAUGGCAGCAGGCAGUUUGGUGCUGGCAAACAACAGUUUCCUCUGUCCAAACCACUUCACUCCCCGCAAGGGCUGCAAGAACCAUGAACACAUCAACGUUAGCUGGUGCUUUGUCUGCUCUGAAGGGGGCAGCUUGCUGUGCUGUGAAGCCUGUCCCGCUGCUUUCCAUCGGGAAUGUUUGAAUAUGGAGAUGCCUCAGGGCAGCUGGUUCUGCAAUGACUGCAAAGCCGGAAAGAGGCCUCGUAUUAAGGACAUACUCUGGGUCAAGUGGGGUCGUUACAGGUGGUGGCCUGCAGAAGUCUGUCUGGCCAAAGAUGUCCCGAAUAACAUUUUGAGAAUGAAACACGAGGUGGGAGAGUUUCCAGUGCAAUUCUUUGGCUCCAAAGAUUUUGUGUGGACCUACCAGGCCAGAGUCUUUCCCUACAUGGAGGGUGACACUCACAACAUAGAGAAAAUGGGAAAGGGUGCAGAUGCAGUGUAUAAAAAAGCCCUCACUGAAGCAGCAGAGCGUUUCAAAGAGCUCCAGGCAGAAAAAGAGAUGAAGCAGCUUCAGGAGGACAGAAAGAAUGACAAGAAACCUCCUCCAUACAGACACAUAAAGGUAAACCGGCCAGUUGGGAAGGUGCAGAUCAUUACCGCUGACCUAUCAGAGAUUCCACGUUGCAACUGUAAGGCGUCGGACGAGAACCCGUGCGGCAUCGACUCGGAGUGCAUUAAUCGCAUGCUGAUGUAUGAGUGCCACCCUCAGGUGUGUGCAGCGGGGGAGCGAUGUCAGAACCAGGCCUUCACAAAGCGCCAGUACACCCCCGUAGAGAUUUACAGGACACUGUCAUGUGGCUGGGGUUUACGUGCUGUGACGGACAUCAAGAAGGGAGCCUUUGUGACUGAAUAUGUGGGAGAGAUGAUCGAUGAAGAGGAAUGUCGAGCCAGGAUCAGACACGCCCAGGAGAACGACAUCAGUAACUUCUACAUGCUUACACUGGACAAGGACCGGAUCAUUGAUGCUGGGCCCAAAGGGAACCAGGCUCGUUUCAUGAACCACUGCUGCCAGCCAAACUGUGAGACUCAGAAGUGGACUGUGAACGGAGACACCAGGGUGGGGCUAUUUGCUCUUCAGGACAUCCCAAAAGGUGUGGAGCUGAAUUUCAACUACAACCUGGAGUGUCUUGGCAAUGGGAAAACGGUCUGUAAAUGUGGAGCACCCAACUGCAGCGGUUUCCUGGGUGUCCGGCCAAAGAACCAGCCACCAGCUGAGAAACUGAAACUAAAGGAAGGGAAGAGGAAGGUCCCCAUGAAAAAGAAGACCAAGCAGGAAGUGACCAAGGAGAGGGAAGACGAGUGCUUCAGCUGCGGUGACGGGGGUCAGAUCGUGUCCUGUAAGAAGCCGGGUUGUCCAAAGGUCUAUCAUGCUGACUGUCUUAACCUGGCUAAGAGGCCAGCAGGGCGAUGGGAGUGUCCAUGGCACCAGUGUGACAUCUGUGGUAAAGAGGCCGCUUCGUUCUGUGAGAUGUGCCCCAGCUCAUACUGCAAGGAGCAUCGUGAAGGCAUGCUUUUCAUUUCCAAGCUGGACGGCAAGCUGUCCUGCAGUGAACACGACCCAUGUGGGCCUGACCCGCUGGAGCCAGGGGAGAUCCGUGAAUACAUGCCCAACACAAACUCCAUGAGGUCCGGGGCCUUGGCUGGGUCUCUCUCACUGGUCCCGGACUCCAGGAGAGCUGGUUCUGCUCCCACCAAUUCCUCUGCUGGACAGGCUGCGACCGGGCAGGGGCCUCCUCCUCGUCUCUAUAUCAACACAAAGACUGCUACCUCGAGCUUCAUCCCCUCGAACAGGUCUUACCUCACAGACAGGACUGCAGGGAAAGCGUUUUCCACUCCCGCCUCGUCUACGGACCAGAGAGAGGACGGCGAGGUGGAGGAUGGGGAGGUGUGUGGGUUGGAGGUGGAGGACGUGGAAGACGACGACGAUGAUGACGAUGACGACGAUGAUGAUGAAGAAGCAGAUGAGGAAGAGGAUGAAAUGGAGGAGAUGGAGAUAGUGGAAGAUGAGGAGGACGAGGCGAUAUAUGGGGGUGAUCUGCUGGAGGAACACGAUGACGAAGAGGAGGACGAAGGAGGGGAUGUGUAUGACACUUGGGGCGAUUUUGUAGAUGAUGAUGCUGGUGAUGGAGAGGUGGAGGAGGAGGAAGAGGAGGAAGACUUGGAGGAAUGGGGGAGGGUGGAGGAUGAUGACAAGUGACCCAGUCCAUCCAUUCCUUCAGAAAUACUCAUCAAAAUCUCCCAAUAAACAUUCAAAGGACAAAAAAAGACAAGAGUUUGACUUUUUUGGUACCUACUUGAAUGCAACACUGCCUUCACUUUGGUACUGCGUUGCCUUCUCAUCCCCAGACUGCUGGUCUGACAGUGAGGAUGUGUACUGGUGCUAAGGCUCGAGGACUCAUUCAGUCCAUCUCUUUGUACUUCUGACAAUGUGUUUAUUUGUGUCUGGUGCUGUUAUGUUCUUUUGUUUGUUCUCUCAACGUUGUUUACAUUUUUUUUGGCCUUUUUGUAACGUUUGGAAUAUAAGAAAAAGUUGAGAAGUUACACCUGACCAAACUGUUGUCAUUACAGCAUCUUAUGUCGUUAUUACUGUCUUAACUUUGUCUUUCUAAUUAUAUGAGUGAUCAAAGUAGUGUUCUCACUGGUCCUUGUUACAGUUAAGCACAGAAAUAUCUGCUUGUUGCUUCUGAGUAAUGCAAAUAUAAACCCACUGGAUUUUUCAGGGCUUUAGGUGAUUCUUCUCACUCCACCAACAACCAUUUCUCUCUGUUGAUUCAUCCUUUUUUUUUCCUCUCAACAUUUAGGUCAGAGCUCUGGAUGGGAGGCACAGACAAAGUCAUGGCAUUCCACAAUCUCUAAAUGCAUCACAGACAUAACUAACAUUUGUUUUACAUCCAUCAUUGCUGUCCCAUUAACAAAUUUAGAAAAUAAAAUCUAAGUACUUAUUCACUUGG